CACCAAACCACACACAAAAAAACAAUAACAAAAAAUAAACAUACCAAUGAUGACCGAAUCAAUAACCUUGUUGAUUUAUACCGUACCAUAAAUUCAAUUACGCAUGCGCACUUGAUGGGGGAGUGUUUCCGGCAAAAAUGAUUCGAUUUAUAUUGAUACAGAACCGAGCUGGUAAAACCAGACUGGCCAAGUGGUACAUGCAUUUUGAUGAUGAUGAAAAACAGAAACUUAUUGAAGAAGUUCACGCUGUUGUGACAGUGCGAGAUGCCAAACAUACUAACUUUGUUGAGUUCAGGAACUUCAAGAUAGUGUACCGGCGGUAUGCAGGCCUGUACUUCUGUAUAUGUGUGGAUGUCAGUGACAACAACCUUGCAUACCUUGAGGCCAUACACAACUUUGUCGAGGUCCUUAACGAGUAUUUCCACAACGUCUGUGAGCUUGAUCUAGUCUUCAACUUCUACAAGGUUUACAGCGUCGUGGAUGAGAUGUUUUUAGCUGGUGAAAUUCGGGAAACAAGUCAAACUAAAGUCCUCAAGCAGCUUCUCAUGUUAUCUUCAUUAGAGUGAAAACACCAUUUUAUAGACUUGUGACGUUUUCAAUAAAAAUAGUGCUGACAUAUUUGCAAAGAUUGAUGCAUGUUUUAAUAUACUUGUGCAUUGAUCAUGUUAUGGAUGUGUUACGAUCACAUUUGUAGAAAAUGUGUGUGUACAUUUACAAAAAAUAUUAAUGUAAUAUCAUUGAGCAGGCGAUAAUACUCACACAAACAUUCCUGUGUAUAAAGUGUGUUUAAGAUAAGUGCAAAAAUUGUGUUCAAGAUUAGUUCAAAUUGUUUUUAAGAUUAAAGAACACAUUCUUUUUAAUGAAAGUACGAAAGAUUUGUUUAAGAUUUUUAGUAAUUUUUUUAGGGUUCAAACAAUUUUUGUUUAAGAUACAUGACUUUCUUUUGUUUAAGUACAAAAAUUGUGUUUAAGAUUAGUAAAAAAAACGGUUUAAGAUAAGUACAAAAUAUGUUAGAUUAUAAUACACAUUGUGUUUAAGGUUAGUACAGAUUGUGUUUAAGAUAAGUUAUUGAUGUGCAAUAUGAAGAAUAAGUAUCAUUUCCUAGAAUGAUAAAGUACAGUUGUACGGGUGAAGAAUCAUACCUUGUUCAGAAGUGUUAUGUAUAGUUUUUACCAUUGCCUCAUUCAGGUUUGAAUUAUCAUAAAGAAUAUGCAGUAAAAUUUGAAGAGAAGUUUUUACCAUGGCGUCAUUCAGGAUUGAUUUAUCAUACAAAAUGCGCAGUAAAAUUUGAAGAGAAGUACAAUUGAAUUAAGACUGAAAGUUGGAAUUAUAAUUAAAGCCGUAAUGUUUUAAAUAAAUAACAUAGGUUUGUACUUGACGAAUAUUUUAUUCCUUAAACCUUUUUUAUGUUAGCUCUGACAUCAGGAAGUGUAUUGUUGAUUAUUUUAAUUGUCUUAUAAUUCGGUUAUUAUUCAUAAUUAUAUAUAUUCCAUUUAUGUUUUGUAACCAUGAAAGUGAUGGUGUCAUUUCAUGUUUUAGUAAUAAAUUAUUGUAGAUCUAUGUGCAGAAAACAAAUAUAUAAAGUGUACAAUUAAA